GCUCUUCCUUAGCCAAUAGGAUACUCGGGAGGCUGAGAAGGCGCUAAAUGCGAAGAGGAGGGAGGCGGGAGCGAGGCGACUGCGGCGAGAGCCGCUUCUGCGGUGAAGCCUACUUAAAAAAACAGAAUGGCAGCUGUUCCUCAGAAUAACCUGCAGAAGCAGCUUGCACUUCAUUCAGCCAAAGCCCCUCUAAGAAACCUGGCGCCUCUCAAACCCAAGACUAUGGGAUUUACAUUCAAAAAGAAAACCUCUCUUGGUAACUGUACGCCAGUAAAAUAUUUAGCUGAAACAAAGGAUUUGACCUUAAAAGAGAAGGAUGCUAACUCUUCCUUGACAAAUCCAAGUGUGUCAAAGGAUAAGCAGAUGAGAAUCAGUGAAGUUUUUGAAACAACAUUGAAAAAGCAGGAAGGAAAGCACAAUUAUCCAAAUGAGCAAUGUCGAGAUGUUCUGGGUUGUUUCCAGUCUUCUGUAAAAGAAAGUGAUGUGGGCAGCAAACCAGAUGACCAUCAGCUCCUGAAAUCAGACCAUAAUUCUUCAUACAAUUCAGUUAUUAAUAUUGAUGAUGUCUGGGAUGACACUGAUGACUUUGAAAUAUCUGGUCCACGAAAGGUAUGCUCAAAGCGGCCUGGUUCCUUUUCAGACACUCAGUCUGUAAAAGCUAGGAAGGCUCCAAAAAACCAUAGUCCCAUCCCCAGUAAGUCAUUAAAGGCAGAUGGCAUGGGAAAAGCUAACCAAGAAUGUAAUGGACCCUCUGUGUGUGAGAAGAACAAAAUACAGAUUCUUUACAAGGAACCAGAUCCUGCUGGAAGCCAGUCUGUCAUUUGCCUUGAUUCUCCCACACCCAGUCCUUGUGAAAGCUUUGUAAGUGAAAAUCUUCAGGAGGAGAAGCCUGUGGAAAGUCCCUUCGGUGACAAAAAGGAAGAGCAUUUGAAAGCACAGAAUGAUGCUGACUUCAUCCUAAAUGAAAGUGAGGAACCAGAUGAAGUGUGGAAUGAUCCAGCUAUGUAUGAUGUGUUUGAGGAUGAAAACUACGUAGACUGCAUUCCACCCUCUCCAGAGGAAGAAAUACCUUCUUCUGCAUCCUCUUUGAAAAGCAUUAGGUAUGUUUCCAGAGAAGCUGCUGUUGAGAAAACACUGGCCCCUGGAAGCUUGAAAAGCAGCCUUCCAGACUUUGGAGAAACCACCCAUGGAAACAGUGAUAGGCAGGAAGACAAGCAUUCACUUUUGGGAUGGUCCCUCUACAGUGUGAUGGAAGACAUCUGCAAGCUGGUGGAUUCUGUUCCAGAAUGGGAGCUGAAGUCUUUGUCGUGUGGAAAGGAGCUCCUUCAGCAUAGAGAUCGCAGAAGAAAACUCUUAAAGAAUGGCACUAAUGGAAGUAGAAAGGACAGUGGCAUAUCUUUGGAUGAAAAUUGCAAACUUUAUUCUGGACAUGAAAGAUCUAUGGAUGGUGGUGUUUCUUUUCAACUGGGAAAAACCUCUGCCACUGACCCUUGUAGGGAAUUGUUCGUGUCUAGACAACCUUCCCCAAAGGUUGCACCCCAGCAUAACUUUCAUUCAACCCCCUCCUUUGUACCAAGGACUCAAGACUCCAGUAAUGCUGACCUGUCAAUUUUUUCCAAGACUUUUGCUAUGGAGAGUAGCAUCUCGGAAAAUGCAGGAUUGUCUCUUUCUAAAAGAGGAGUCGAGAAAAGAAUCUCCUCUCUGAACUGUUCCAUCAAAAACCCAAGGACAGAAUGGGGAGAAAAGGGUUGGCUGUUUUCAAAGGGGAAUCAAGACCAAGAGAAACUCACUCUCCUUCAAAGUAAUUUGAGAGAGAAUUCCUCAGCAACAGAGAAUGUGGGCUUUGAUGAUGAUUUUGAUAUUGAUGACUUUGAUGAGUUGGACAACGUAAUAAACACUUCAACUUUACAGCCUUCUAGUACUUGCUACCAGCGUGCUGAGGAAGCACAGCCUGCCAAACCAUUCCUGGAAAAAAGCUCCCUUACAGCUAAGGGAAAUGGUCAUUUUUCAAAUCCUAUUUUUCCCAGAGCAAACUGCCAGGGUGCGCCUGCCAAGAGCUGCUUGGAUCCACAGGUUAAAAAUUCACCUUCCAGAAAUCCAUUGCUAGAGCACUUCAGAGGCUUAGCAUUUCCCCAUUCUAACGAAAUGAUGAAGAUAUUUCACAAAAGAUUUGGUCUGCAUCACUUCCGGACGAAUCAGCUUGAAGCCAUCAAUGCUGCUCUGUUGGGCGAAGACUGCUUCAUCUUAAUGCCCACAGGUGUGUGAUGGCAAGGGUGCCUG